AUGUCCUGGCGGGUCAUUGGGUACAUGAGGAUGACCGUAAUGAUCACCACGACGCCGACGACCGUCUCCAGCUUGAGCACCAGCCGGAUCCCGAAAAUGGACACCACAACGCUGACCAGGCUGAUAAUAAGGAUCCCGAUCUCGAUGGGGACCGUGCCGUUGCUCAUUGAGAGCAGGAUCUGGCCGCCGAUCACAGAGUUCGUGACUGUCCAUCCGCCAACACCCGAGCAGCAUGCCAAGCAGCCCAAUAACCAUGGAGUCCUUGUAGCCCAGUUCGAAGAGCAGCGGGCCGAGGAAGAAGGAGGACAUGGAGGUGAGUCCUCCACAGCCCGAGUUCCACAGCCCGGCAAUCGACAGGAGCACCCAUUUGGACGUGGAGCGCUCGUCGGGCAAGCAGCGCUCGAUACCUCUGGACUCUACGCCGAGCGAGUCGACUUUGCGCGAGACUGA